AUGCAUCUCAGGCGCAUAUUUGUCCUGACAGUCCUCAGCUAUGUCACUGCCCUUCCGAGUGACAUCAAUCUCGGCGUCGCCUUGCGAGGUUGUGAUGUCGAGGCUUGCGAUAUGGAAUGCAGAAUGGCAGGCAGCAUUGGUGGCAACUGCGGGGGCAAUCCAGCACUAAAUCUUCUGGGGCUUCCUUUGCUUAGCACAAACACCCCCAAUUCAUCAAGCGCAGGCCCAGUCACACUUGCUGCUACGGAGACCCUCACCGACGUAGAAUCUACCACCACUACGAAGACUACUACCGACAGGGAGUCGGUCACAGCUACAGAGACUACUACCGAUAUAGAGUCCACCACAGCUACACAGACCGUCACGGAUACGCACUUGUUGACGGUUACCAAAAGUAUUACCGAAAAGCAGCCUACAACAGCAACACAGACUGCCACUGACACAAAAUUCCUCAGAACCACACAAACUAUCAACAACACACUCACAGCUACUCAGACUACUACUGAUAUAGAGUCAUUAAGAGUGACGAAGACUAAGAACAAUACUAUCACAGCCACGCAAACUACAACUGAUAUAGAGCCUACCACAGCUACACAGACCAUCAACAACACGCUCACGGCCACGCAGACAACUACAGAUACCGAAUCUUACACAGCUAUGGAGAUUACCACGGCCACUGCAUCUUUUACAACCACCCAGACUACCACUGAUACAGAAUCCAUCACGGCUACCCAAAACAUUACGGAUACGCAAACUAUUCAUCACACGGAGUCCCUCACAGCUACAAGGACUAUUACCGAUACAGAUUCUGUCACAGCCACGGCUACACCAACUACUGUGACGGACACGCAAACAUCCAUAUCCACAACAACUGCCACCCAAACCGCUACCCCAACUCCAGAAGUCGGGGCCUGCUUCUGCUGUACCGAGCAGGUCCGACUGCCGUACGAACUAAAUGGCAACUGUGAUAACAUUCCAGUCUCUAAUUCGACAGACGGCUGCCCCUCGGGCGAUGAUCCGAAGCGGAACCACUUGCUAUGUUGCGACUCGAGUGGAUAUUGCACCCAGCUAUCCUAG